CUUGGCGAGGGUUGUCACUUCCGUAAUCCUGCAUGUAAACAUGCCCUCAAACAAUCGUUUUACUAAUUGGUGAUUCGUAGUCAACUGUUACCAUAUUAAGGUAUCCGUCUUCCUAAUUUAUUUUUCUUUUAUCUUGACACUGGAAGAAAACUGAACAUUAUUAGAAAGAAAAUGUCAACCACACCCAAGAACUUACCAAGCCAGGGAAAGACAGUUCUCAAGUCUGGGGACAAUAGGGCUAAAGAACUGGAAGCCAUCCAAAAGAACUUAACCAAGAGAUCAUUCAAUAUAAAAUUUGAUCUUGAUAAUACAGGCUAUAAUCCAAUAGAAAAAAUUGGGAUAGGUGCUUAUGGUGUUGUGUGUUCAGCAGUUCACACCGGAACAAAUGAGAAGGUAGCUGUGAAGAAAAUUCCUUAUGUGUUUGAAGCUCUGGCUAUUGCAAAACGAACAUACAGGGAAAUAAAAAUUCUGAAACACUUCAAGCAUGACAACAUCAUCUCAAUCCGAGAGAUUCUCAAGCCAAAAGAAAGCUACCAAGACUUCAAGGACAUUUAUGUGGUAUUUGAUCUUAUGGAAAGUGAUCUGCAUCGCAUCAUAUACUCAGAACAGGCUCUCACUGAGGAGCACAUCAGGUACUUUCUCUACCAGAUCUUACGUGGGCUGAAGUAUAUCCAUUCAGCAAAUGUUGUACACAGAGAUCUAAAGCCCAGCAACUUACUUGUCAAUGAGGACUGUCAUGUCCGCAUUGGAGACUUUGGCAUGGCUCGUGGUGUCAACUGUAAGCCUGAAGAGCCAUCUCAUUACAUGACUCAGUAUGUGGCAACAAGAUGGUACCGUGCUCCUGAGAUUCUUCUCUCUCUCUUGGAGUAUGGCACAGCAGUUGACAUGUGGUCUGUUGGUUGUAUUUUUGCUGAGAUGUUGGGCCGAAAGCAUCUUUUCCCAGGAAAAGAUUAUCUUCAUCAGGUAAAACUUGUGUUGGGUAUCUUGGGAACUCCAUCGCAAGCAGUGCUGAAAAAUUGUCAGAAUGAUAUUCUCUGCAGAAUUAUAAAAGGUCUAGGACAUCGCCAACCAAUGCCGUGGACUUCACUGUUCCCAAAAGCCAGUAAGAAGGCUCUGGAUCUGCUGGGCAAAAUGCUUGUUAUCAACCCAACUGAACGCGUCACUGUGGACAGAGCCCUGCAGCACCCAUUUCUGUCCAAAUAUCAUGACCCUGAUGAUGAACCCAUAUGUGUACCAUCCUUUGAGUUUGAUUUUGAGAAGGAGCUGCUCCACAUGGACCAGAAUCAACUGCGAGAAGUCAUAUAUAAAGAGAUCAUGGAAUUUCAUCAGCCUCGAACACCAACUCUUAGCUUUUCUGCCUGUUUACGGCCAGCUCCUAAGGCAGAAGAUUCACCAGAUGCAUGCAAUGUUCCACUCAAUACAAGUCUGCCACCAUCAUUCACAGAUUUCCAGAAUUUUAUGAGUGCUUUGAACCAGAGCCCUACCCAGAAUGGCGAAAAGACAGAUGAAACCCUAAAGUGUGAGAGUCCAUCCAUAACAGAAGAGGUCAUAAAAUGCCCAGACAACAGCAGGAAUACCACACCCACUCACCAGCAAAAUCAGCUGCAGCAGUCAGAAAUUUUCAAGAAGCCUGGGGACAAACCCACAACAAAGAAAUCACCUGUGUCUGUAGACACAUCUAAUCUGCAGUUACCAUGUCCCAGUGAUGUGGAGAUGCUUAGUGCUCAGUCCACAGAUGGAAGCAAAGCAAUAGUAAUGCAGACUCCACGUACCCCAUUAGUUGAGAAACAGCAUGAGCCAGAGAAAGACAACAGAUCAGGAGAGAAAAAAAUUGGUGAGAAGAAGACGAUAUCAGAAGACACAAAAGCCCUUGUCAAACAAGCUCUUCUAAGUCAUCGACAUCGUACAGAAUCUUGUGGAGAAGAAGAUAAGCCAAGGGCAGUGACAGCUGCCCAAAGACAGCGAGAACGUGAAGAAAAAAGAAAGAAGAAGAAAGAUAGAGAAAAGAUGAAAAAAAUACGCGAUAAGAAAGUUGUUACCCAGACAGUGCAGUUGUCAGAUGCUGACAAGGAACUUUUAGCACGCUGGGCAGGAAUGCAGAAAAAUCAGCCCAAAGAGACAUCUACUCAGCAGCACCAACAGGCCACUUCAGCAGCAGCUUCAAGCACUGGACUGGUUUACAUUCAGCCUGCUCCAGCUAAUUCUUCUUCAGUAGGCCAGACAAAGUCAACAUCCAACUUUUCACCAGCUCAUCCUGGGUCAUCAUCUACGUCACCCACAAAUGUGCAUAGUGACUAUGUGAGUCAAGUCGCUAUAAUAGCUGGACCCAUAGUUAUGCCCCAAGGGUCAUCUGGCUUGGCACAAAUUGUUGGUCCUGACAACAAUCCAGUAGUGGUUAGCCUUCAAGGGAAUCUUGUCCAGGGGCAGACAGCAAUACACAGCUUGGCACCAAUAUCUGAUCAGCAACAACAGAAUUCAAGAUCAUCUUUUCUUGAAGGGGGCAUGAUGCCUAUUCUCACUUUGCAAGGUCAAGAAGGAAAUGGCAUUCACAUUACAAAGGAGCAGGCAGAGGUUCUAAAAGAGGUUUUAAAAAUGACACCUUCAGCUGUGUCUGGAGGAAAUCAUGGAGAGGGGUUUAACUCCAGAUGCUCACUCACACCUCUUCAUGUAGACCAGGCUUUGUCCACUGCCAGUGACAGUCAAGUUCAAGCAGGUGUGACGCCUGCAGGAGCUGUGUUUCUGCCAUCUUCCAUGACAUCAAGUGCCAGUCCCUUUAGCUCCAGUCAGCAGACCAGUCCUGCAGUUUCUUUGCCUCCAUUGGCACUGAACCAGCGAACCUCUAGUCCAGGAUUCGCUCAUUCUCCAGUGAGUGUAAAUGUGCAAGAAGAGAGUGUCAGUGCCCACACAAACCUAAACAGACUGUCGUUACAUGUUCAGCAGACACAUUUCCAGACGACGCAACCAGAGUAUGGGCAGACAGGAAAAGCCACUAUGCCUGAGAGCAGCUUCGGUUGCCAUGCUAGCACUCCCGACUCCUUUUCAAGAGCAAGUGUCACUACCCUAUCUGCCGCAGAUAUCCCUGUAGUUGACAGACCCCAUGAUCCUCAAGAUCUCUCAGAAUUUCUAGACAGACAUUGUACAGACUCCCAAGGUCGUGUUGAUUCAACCGUGUUCCACAGAGACACAGAUCCCAUAGGAAUGAUGGGAAUGAAGGAAUCAAAGUCACCUUUUUCUCUUGUGACCAGUAGCCAGGAUAGGACAUCCAAGCAAGAAGUAUAUGCCUUCAGUCAGUGUGGACAGUUCUCACAGCAGAUUGAAGGAACCUCUCCUUCGCUUUUACAUUCCCAAGACAGCAAAGUCUUCUUCAGCCAACCAGCUGGCAUUCAGCCUUCAUAUAACAAUAGUGCUGCAACACCAACUGCUUUGUCCACAAAUACUUGCUUCUCAGGGGCAGUGUUUGCAGGAGCAGGUGGUGCAAGUAGCAUGAGUAGUGUGAGUAGUGUUCAUUUGUCACCCCAGCAAGUGGCUGACAGUGCAUGUGUUCACAGUCACAAUCUUUAUAUGAUGCCGAGAGAAAACAUGCAGUAUUCACACUGCGAGAGACCUCAGCAUGAAGAGAAUAGAAAAAGUCUGUCAUUUGGACACCUUGCUGCUGGCUCCACUCACCUGGCUGACCAGUUUUCUAGUUUUGUGCAAAGCACUGGCGACUACCAGGGCAUGAAAGUGCCAAUCACCCAGUCAAAUUUUGAUAUGUCUGAAUGUCCCUGUUUUGGGUCUCACCCAGAUCUGGUGCAUGCACACAUGGUAGAGAGCCAUUCCCCACGGAGAGCCUCAGAGAAUUCAUUUGCAGUAGGUCAAAUAUUCCAGACUCAGAGUUUGAAAUGUUGCAUGCCUCAAGAGCUCAUCGCACCUCAUCAUCACCAGCCACAGCAGCAACAGCCACCUCAGCAACAGAUGCUGUCAGAAAUGUUACAGCAGCAGCAGCAUGUCCAUGUACACAACCAGGGGGCGCUACACCAGCAUCACAGCCCUCUGGUUGAUUGCUAUCAGCAGCAGCAACUGUUGACACAGCCUCUUCAACAAAACCCACAGCAACCACAGCAAUCCCAAGACCAGCAGCAGCAACAGCAGCACCACUUGCCAAGAAACAAAGGUCCCGGGUUGCGAGUGUCAGCCCCAAAGCAGGAUGCCAGCGCCGACCUGAUUGCCAUGCUGAGCAAACAGCUGUCCAAGUCACAGCUUGAGAGUAUUUUCCCACCAGCAUUAUCACUGACUCCCCGAGGAACUGGUGCUGGCUAUGGUGUGGGAAUGGACCUUGAUCUUUUGAUGGCUGAUACCUUGGAUACAAACAACAGCAUGCGAGCAGAGCUGAGUCCUUUGUCUUCGUCACUGCUGGCUGAUUGGUUGGAAGUAACGGGAAACAUCAGUCAGGCAGACCUUGAUGCACUGGAGCAGGAUUUUAGCAUGCAGUCCCCGGUGUUUGAGCCAGACUUCAGUUCUAGUAAUACAGAUAGUGACAGGCACUGGGAUACAAGCGUUAUGUGAAGAGUGGUUCUUACAUUAGCACUAUAUCAUGUCACACUUUUUGGCAAACAUAAAAUGCUCAAAGAUUGGAAAAGAAACUACUGUUGAAGAUGCUAGAGCUGUGGAAGAUGCUUUUUGAUAAAUUAUUUCUAAUUAUGUUUAACAAUAUACAUUGUUUCAUUUGUGAUGGGAAAAAUAUGAAACAUGAAAAUAUAACUUGCAAAAGACAAUGCAUUUGACUGAGCAUUUACUUACAGCAUAGCUUACAUUCACUCUUGAAAAACCAUGUGUCAGUUUUUAAAGUGUUUUUGGCUGCCUUAUGUAAGUAGGCAAUAUACAUUAUACAGUGUUUUAGUCUUUCAAAAAGUUUUGAUUAUUCUAAGUGAUAGAGUCAUUAACUUUUGUCAUAAAGUUGAUACUCAACAUUGUGGUAACAUUAAAGCAAUUGACUCUUAUUUUUCAAUAAGUAGCUGCCAUUGUAGAGUUACACAGGCACAAGAGAAACAUGCUAGAAACUUUUGUUCAAAAAUCACCAUUGCCUUGAUCCUCAACAUCUAUUCUAUACUGCAUUUUUAACAGUUUGCCUAUACAACAGAGUAAAUCUAUGCCAUCCGUCCCCAUCCUGCUCUUUCCAGAAAGGGUUUAUUUUUAAGUAUUUACAAAACAUUUGCAUACUUGAUAUUAAUAACUAAUAUUUUAGGUCCUUUUUUAAUCUUCAUUUCAUAAAGUUGUUAGACUGUUUGAAAGGAAUGUCACUUUUCAAAACAAUUUUCUGUAAAUUUUUUAUUUUUUAAAGAAGACUUCUUCCAGUUUAUUUCUACUCUCUUGAUGGCCUGUCACUAAUAUCAGUUUUUUUGUUUUUAAUGCCUUGCUGAUAGGUCAGAGUAAUGUAAAUUUAUUUUAUUGAUGUUUGCCAGAGCAUUAAUGUAUUUUUAAUUGUUGAAGGAUAGAUCAAGUUUAUUUAUUUUUUUUUUUUGUGAAUUAAAAGUUACAAGAUGUAAAUAAAUAAUUAUAUAAUUUGUUAUUGGAACAUUUUAUGGUUCAUGAACCCAUGAUGUGAUCUUGUUAAAAAAAACUAUGCUAAUUAUGGUCUACAUAAGAUAGGGAAAAUUUUUUCAGGUGAUUUUUGAUGUGUUUUGUGCCUUUUAUUAGCAUACAGUGAACGUGGGGUGUGUGUGUGUUAGUGUGUGCACAUGAGAGACACUUCUGGCUUCAUUUAGUGAUGUGCACAAAGUUGCCUGUUCAGUAAAGGUGGCAGGUCCAUCUUCUUUGAACAGGAUUGGCACUACCAGACCUUCAUUGUUAACAGUUGAAUCUACUAAAGUGCUAUUCUGUAUUUGCAUUGUCUUGUUUGGACUACUUGGCUUUUUUUUUUUUUUUUUUUUUAAUUUUACCCCCAAAUGCCAUCUUUCAAAGCUUUAAAAAGCUUAACAAUGUGCUUGCAUCAUUCUCCAGAAGCAAAAGACUGACCAUGUUGUGCAGCUUCUAUGUGAGCUGCUCUUGUUGAGUUUCUUUUUAUAUUAACUAUAAAAAAAUUGGUAUUUUCAUUAUCAUUGCUUUCAUUAACAUGACCAUACCGUUGCAGGCAAGGUGCAUGUUUUACAUCAACUAUUACUACUAAUUAUUAUUACUAUUUUCAUAUCUGGGAAAUGCUGUCCACUUUAUUGAAGGCUACUUGAUAGGAUAAAUAUCAUUUUUCAGUUAAACUGAUUUUUGGUUAUUCCAUUACAGUUCAUCACAUCGUUAGGGAAUCCUGAAUGGAAGUGGCCUCAAAAGACAGGAAAGGCUGGAUAUUCUACCAGAAGAAAUGUGUUAAUGUUAAAUUUAACUGUUGAUGUUAAUGCUAGUACGAAAAAUAGACUCUAAAUCAGGGGUGGGCAAUUAAUUUUCACAAGGGGCCGGAUGAGAAACUGGGAUGGUUCUAGAGGGCCGGACUAAUAUAGUUAACUCAGUUUUACCCAAUACUGUAUAUAUAGUAUAUUUACUGGUGGGCGGCCAGCGGGCGGGCCGGUCAGAGACAGGAGGCGGGCUGGAUCCGGCCCGCGGGCCGGCGUUUGCCCAGGUCUGCUCUAAAUUAUGUAAAUGUUAGUGCUAUUUUUAAUAAUCUGCAUUUGUAUUUCCUGACCCUAAUGGUUACUAUUAUGUACAGUUGUAAAUGGUUCUUACAUAAUCUAAUUCAUUGCUGCUUUCAAUAUAUAUUUCGAAAAUAGUAAUACCUGUAGUGGUCUACUUGAGGCAGAGUGUGAUAAUUUCAAUGUAUUUUUAAUAAUAAAAAAAAGGUUUUUCACUUAGAUGUAA